AUGACUUUAGACCGGCUCAACUCCCUGGCGGUCAUGAGCGAGGCAACUCGCAAUAUCAACAUCCUUGGGAGCCUUGAGAAGGUUGCCAAGGGCAUCCCAAAAGCAUGUUCCAUGAUUAUCCAGCUGAUAGCCGAGGCGAUCUGUUGGCAUCAACAGGUCUCGUUUGGCCCUCAAUACCGAGAUCCUCGCUCAGGAACCACAGAAUUGGAUGGAUCCUUCUUGGAGAUAUUGACUUUUGAAGGGCGGGAGUUCCAAAAACAUGCAGUUGAGAAUGACAUUUACUUUAGCCCAGUUGAUGAUGAAGAGAUUGAUCGACUUGACCUUCAACAUCGGGUGCUUAACCAUGUUUUCGACCACCGUCUAAUAUUCCCACCCGUCGACCGUUUGGCAAAGGUCCUCGACUGCGGCUAUGGAUCAGGCGCAUGGGCAGUAGAAGUCGCAGAGCAAUAUGAAUCGUGCGAUGUCGACGAUCUCAACAGACACUUCACUUUCGGAUAUAGCCAGUUUGAUCUCGUUCACUCCAGGCUAGUUGCAUCAGGGAUAAAUCAGCAGAGGUGGCCGCAUUACAUGCGAGACAUCGUGAAAUAUAUCAGGGCGUUAGAGGACGUAAAAGAUGUGCGGGCCGGCAUAAAGUUAAGCAACCUGAUGGCUUCGGCGGGCCUAGUUGAUGUUGAAUCAAAAAUGAUCCCGCUGCCUUUAUCGGGGUGGCCAACUGACUCAAGAAUGAAAGCGAUCGGAGCCGCGAACCGAGACAACGCCCAAAGAUGGCUUAGCUCGCUAGCAUUGUAUCCGUUCAUGCAAAAGCUGCAUAUGUCCCGGAGUGAGCUAGAUGAUCUGAUCUCACAAGCCAGAGAGGAAGCCGAUGAUCCGUCCCUGAGAGCAUAUGUCCCAUUGUAG